GGAACCAGUAGCACCGAACCGAACCCAUCACCCAACCCAAUCCAAUCCAGUCCAAUCCCAAUCCGCACCAUGAAGCUGUUCGUUAGCAUAGCACUCGCCCUUCUGGCCAUUGCCGCUCCCGCCCAGGGCCUGCUGGGUGCCAAGCUGGCUCUUCUCAAGGCCAUUGGCGGCGGCCUCGGAGGCGGCAUCGGUGGCGGCAGCUCUGGCGGCGGCGGAGGCUACGGCAACGGCGGAGGAUACGGCAACGGCGGAGGCUACGGCAGCGGCGGAUACUCCGGCGGCGGCUACAACCAGGGCUACUACAGCCAGCCCAGCCGUCCCGUCUACAACUCUGGAUACGGCAGCGGCUCGAGCUCCUCCAGCAGCUAUGGCUAUGGAGGCGGCUACGGAGGCGGCUAUGGAGGUGGCUAUGGCGGCGGCUAUGGCGGCGGCGAGCAGGUGGUGAAGGUCAUCAAGGUGGUGGAGCAGCAGCAGCCCUCGUACUCCUACGGCGGUCCCUCGGGCUACAGCGGCUAUGGCGGCUACAACCAGGGCUACUCCAGCGCCAGCGCCAGCUCCAGUGCUAGUGCCUCCAGCUCGGCCCAGGCUGUGCCUGCUGUGACCUACUCCGCUCCAGCUCCCUCGGUGACCUACUCCGCUCCAGCUCCCGCUGUGACCUACUCCGCUCCAGCUCCGGCUGUGACCUACUCCGCUCCAGCUCCCUCGGUGACCUACUCCGCUCCCGCUCCCUCGGUGACUUACUCCGCUCCAGCUCCCGCUGUGACCUAUUCGGCUCCUCGGGCUCCUGCUGUGACCUACUCGGCUCCUGCCCCCGCUCCAGUCACCUACUCGGUGCCCGCUCCUCAGCCCGUGGUCCGCGUUCAAGCUGCUCCUGCUCCCAUCACCUACUCGGCCCCGGCUCCCGUUGCCAUCUCGCGCCCCAUCAGCUACGCCCCAGCUCCGAUCAGCUAUGCCCCAGCUCCGGCUCCCAUCCGCUACGCUCCAGCCCCGGCUCCCAUCAGCUAUGCCCCCGCUCGGCCCCAGAUUGUGAAGACCAUCAAGCUGAUUGUGGACGAGGAUCAGUCUGGACGUGUGCCAGCCCCAGUGUACGGAGCCCCAGCACCGGUGGCCAGCAGCUACUCGAGUGCAUCCUCUUCCGCGUCAAGCUCCAGCGGCGGCGGCGGCUGGAACGGUGACUACAACGACGGAGGCUACAACGGAGGCUACAAUGGAGGCUCCAAUGGAGGCUACAACGGAGGCUACAACGGAGGCUACAACGGCGGCUACAACGGCGGCGGCAGCUGGAAGAGCGGCGGCAUCUUGGAGAAGCUCGUCGGCUGCUAAGCGCCUCACUGGCCCCACAAAAGAGUACUCAACCCAUCCUUACCUAACCUUACUCAACUGUGUAUUUUUUUCCUAGUUCUAAAUCGAAUAAUUAUUAUUUUUUUGUUGUAUGUAUAAUUCCGAAUCGAUCGCUGUGUACAUAAAAUAAAUCUGCAAAAACAUGUGUGUGUUUUCCCCACCCCGAA